AUGGCCACGAUAACACAAACCAUUUUGCAACAGCAGAGUGUGCUGGACGCACCUCAUAAGCUGUAUCCCACAGUGACCUCUCUGUCUCUUUCCGAAUCGCAACUUGACAGUGAUAGUGCCUCCGAUAAAUCAGAUUCAUUGCCCGAGAUUCCUCUACCGCCGCCCUCUAAAGCACCGACAGAGGUCUUGAGUGUUGAUAAGGACACGCCCGAUAAUCAUGUACCCCGUGAUCCAAGGCUAAUUAGGCUCACUGGCGUGCAUCCAUUCAAUGUCGAGCCUCCACUGACGAUGCUCUUCAAUGAAGGCUUCCUGACGUCUCCGGAGCUGUUCUACGUUAGAAACCAUGGUCCAGUUCCUCAAGUGAGCGAUGAAGACAUCCCAACAUGGGAGAUCAGUAUUGAAGGGCUCGUUGAGAAUCCUAUAGUGCUGGAUUUCAAACAGAUCCUACAGGAAUUUGACCAAAUCACUGCACCCGUCACUCUCGUGUGUGCUGGUAACAGGCGUAAAGAACAGAAUCAAGUCCGAAAGUCGAAAGGUUUCUCAUGGGGAGCGGCCGGCGUCUCGACUGCCCUGUUCACAGGUCCAAUGAUGCGAGAUGUCAUCAAACGAGCAAACCCAUCCAGAAAAGCCAAAUAUGUCUGUAUGGAGGGGGCUGAUAAAUUGCCAAAUGGGUAUUACGGGACAUCUGUGAAACUCAACUGGGUCAUGGACCCUAACCGAGGAAUUAUGCUGGCACAUAAGAUGAACGGCGAGGAUCUUCGUCCUGACCAUGGACGCCCAUUGAGAGCUGUAGUUCCAGGACAAAUCGGCGGUCGAAGCGUUAAAUGGCUUAAGAGACUAAUCGUAACCGACAAACCCAGCGAUAACUGGUAUCAUAUUUAUGACAACCGAGUUCUUCCGACAACCGUUACGCCCGAACAAUCGGCUAAAGAAAGCAAAUGGUGGUACGACGAGCGAUAUGCCAUAUAUGAUCUCAACGUCAAUUCAGCUGCUGCUUAUCCCCAGCAUAACGAAGAGUUAAAUCUGUCAACUGCCGACCCAAUAUACACUGCAAGAGGAUACGCUUAUGGCGGGGGUGAAUAUCCCGAAGACAAAUAUCGUGACUUUGAAUCUGAUCUCUUUGGAGGUAAAGUUGAUAUGUUUUGGCGCGAGACUUGUUUCUGCUGGUGCUUUUGGAACCUAGAAAUUCCAGUUGAAGAUUUGAAAGAUAGCGAUGCAAUUCUUGUUCGUGCCAUGGAUGAAGCCCUCAAUUGCCAACCUCGAGACAUGUAUUGGUCUGUUCUCGGUAUGAUGAAUAACCCCUGGUUCAGGGUUGCAAUCAUCAGAGAUGGCGAUGUUCUGAAAUUUGAACACCCAACCCAACCAGCCCUGAUGCCUGGUGGCUGGAUGGAGCGGGCUAAAAAAGCUGGCGGAGAUCUAACAAACGGUCGAUGGGGUGAAGUAUCCAACAACGAGGACUCAUUCUCUAGCAACGAGAAGGCAGUGGAGGAGAUCUCCAUGAAGAAAGAGGGAUUGAACAAAAGGAUCGAUAUUACGGAGCUCAAAGCACAUAUUUCUCCCCAAGAACCUUGGUUUGUCAUAAACGGCGAGGUCUAUGAUGGCACAAAGUUUUUGGAAGGUCAUCCUGGUGGUGCUCAGAGUAUCAUAUCAGCAGCCGGCAUGGAUGUAUCUGAAGAGUUUCUUGCAAUUCACAGCGAGACUGCGAAAGCAAUGAUGCCGGACUAUCACAUUGGUACUCUUGAUAGAGAGUCCCAGGAACUUUUACAAAAAGAGUCCGAAAAUCAAUCUUCCUCAGAGACUCCGGACGAGAUAUAUUUGCAACCUAAGGUGUGGAAGAAGGCAGAGCUCUGUGCCAAGCGCUCUAUAUCGUGGGAUACUCGCAUAUUUACCUUCAAGCUCGAGUACGAUUUGCAAACUCUGGGCCUGCCCACCGGCCAACAUCUUAUGAUCAAACUGAAAAACGCUUCUACCUCCGAGUCCAUCAUCCGCGCAUAUACGCCCAUAUCAGAAACCAACCAGAAAGGAACACUCGACAUUCUCAUCAAAAUAUAUUUCCCGACAGAAACAUCCAAAGGUGGCAAAAUGACCGCGGCACUUGACAAAAUGCAGAUUGGCGACUUUGUCGACAUUAAAGGACCAAUUGGAAAGCUGAUUUAUCGUGGUAAUGGCCGAGUUAUUUUGAAUGAUAAGGAGCGGUUUGUAAAAUCUUUCCGCAUGAUUUGUGGUGGAAGUGGCAUCACCCCCAUCUACCAAGUUUUGAGAGGUGUCAUGAGCAACCCCAACGAUUCAACAGAGUGUACCGUGCUGGAUGGCAAUAGAUUGGAAGAAGAUAUCUUAUGCCGAGAAGAGCUGGAUUCUUUUGCAUCCAUGGCCGAUAGACGGUGUACGAUCCUGCAUACCCUAACAAAACCAUCAAAUGACUGGAAGGGCCUUAGGGGUCGGAUAAGCGAAGACUUAUUGAAAGAGUAUGCAACCCCCAAUGAAGACAGUCUGGCUUUGAUAUGCGGACCCGAAGGUAUGGAGAGUGUUGCAAAGAAAACGCUACUUAAACUGGGAUGGAAUGAGAACGAUCUAGUUUUCUUCUAA